AUGGACGGCCCUCCCCCUCCUCCGCCUCCCCACGGGGAGAAACCCAACACCACCCACGGGGAGUACCGUAAAUCAUCCGAUCUCCCACCGGGCAACUACGAUAUCUUCAUCAUCCCUCCUCACUCCUCGGGCUCGGGGUUUCUCUACCUUCCCUCGCUGCAAUGUGAACGGAACAGCUUCAUUGCGGGCUCCGUGUCCACCCUUGUCGUUGUCUUCCUAUGGACAACGUUUUCGCCAAUGGUGAAAAUGUGGUACGCCAUGACCGUCGCGAGCGGGGGUGGAACAGGGAUCGCUGUCCUGGCCAUUGGGGUCGUGGGUAUUGCGGGAUGGGCCUUUGGCGCGUACCAGGCGGGUAGUAGUGGAGCAUCGCGGCAUGGACGCUCGGGACCGGGCGGGUUUGGAUCCAGCUGGUUUGGGUCUGGGGGGUCAGGUGGUGGUGGUGGUAGUGGUGGUGGAGGAGGAGGAGGAGGCGGCGGCUCAGGAGGAGGCUCUAAUUCAGGAGGUAAUAAUAAUGGAGGGAACUAUACAAGAGGGGGCAACUUCGGGGGUCAAGCUGGAGGUGGUGGUGGUGGUGGUGGUGGGGGAGGACCACAGAAUCAACAUCAACAGGGUAAUUAUGGCGGGAACUUUGGUGGUGGACCCCCACCAGGAAACCAAUACUCCGGGAAUCAGCAUAGGGCUAAUACUGAGCCACCACCACAGACAAAUACUGGUCCUAAGGGCCCUGACCCGGGCCCUAGUCCGGGUACUACUGGUGCAGGUGCCAAACCUGAGCGUUCUGCACCCAAGAGCGAGGGUAAACCGCAAAGUGCGGAGGACUGGGAAAAGGCCAGGGAGGAAACGAGGCGGAAGGAGGAGUUGCGACGGAAGAUGGAGGAGUUUAAGCGCAAACGUGAGGCGGAAGCGCGAGAAAAGCAACGACAACGCGAGCGAGAAGCAAUGGAGAAAGAGCUGCGCGAGCGCAGAGAACAGUUGGAGAAAGAAAUGGCCGCGGCCAAGGAAGCGGCCGCGAGAGAGGCCCGUUUACAGGCCGAGAAGGAAGCAGCAGAAGCCCGUGCCAGAGUGGAGCGCGAAGCAGCAGAAGCCCGCGCCAGAGUGGAACGCGAGGCAGCGGAAGCAAAAGCCAAGGCUGAGCGGGAAGCCGCUGAAGCCAGACAAAGGGAAGCAGAUGCAAAAGCCAAGGCUGAGCGGGAAGCCGCUGAAGCCAGACAAAGGGAAGCAGAUGCAAAAGCCCGAGCGGAAAGAGAAGCCGCAGAGGCUCAAGCAAGAGCCGAGCGACAGGCAGCAGAAGCCAAGGCCAAGGCCGAGAAGGAGGCAGCGGAGAAGGAAGCCGCUGCAAAGGCCGCCGCAAAGAAAGAAGCGGACGCCAAGUUCGCAGCCCUCAAGGAAGCUGCGGCAAAGAAAUACGCCGAGAAGAAAGCCCGCGACGCCAGAGAAGCUGCCGCAGCGAAAGAAGCCGCCGCGACAGCCUCGAAGGUAUCCAGCGCAUCUGCACCCCCUCCUCGAACCCCAUCCCCCAAGAAACCCUCCACUCCGGCAUCAACGGCCAACACCACCGUUACGGACGACGAUGCCUACUCCUUCCGUCCGUACGACCGCCCACGCCGGCCCUAUGCAGGGACGUCCCAGUCCUCCGUGUACUCUGAAUCCUCCUACGCACCCUCGCAAUCCACCGCCCGCACCACCCCGCCACCCUCCAACCGCGGACCCUACGAAACCAAAGACCCCGACAAAAUUGUCAUCAGGGCGGUCUACGCCUUCAACCAGGCCUUCCUCCGAACCCCCAUAGCCCAAUUGGUCUCCGGCCAGGGCAUGGUAACGGACGGACUCGUCCUCCGCAUCACCACUGAAGGCCUCUUCAUCGAUGACGACGUGCGCGGGGUCCCGCAACGCGAGUGGGACGUGAAAGCCUGGACCAUGAAACUCGUCGAAGUCUGGUGUCCGCAGAUUGGGCCAAGCGCAAACAGGGCGGCCAACGCGCAAAAGGCGAACCAGGCAUUUUUCCGCCGCAGUGUCAAUUCCGAUCCCACCCCGGAAGAAUCCGAUGCGUAUUUGGCCAAUUUUCUCAAGGUCUGCAAGAACACCUGCCGCCUUGCGUCGCCGGCUUUCGUGGGUCGGAACGGCAGUGAUGCCAGUGGGAAGGGUAAGGACGCGCAUCCCUUUGGUGGGUUGCAUGUCCUUCGAGCUUCAAUCCGAGACCAGGAGGGGAAACGCUAUGUCUUUGUUCUCCAAGAGACAGAGGGAUGGAAGGUUGCCCUUGGAUUGCAACGGUUGCGGAAGGGGACGCAAGUGCGUGCUUUAGGGGUGUGCAGUAUGGCUCUUGCCGAGACAAGGACUAUCCUUGGUGGACUCGGGUACUGA